AUGGCAGCCGCUAAAAUGGCACUCAGAGGUCUAGAGGACGAGUAUGCUUGCUCACAACUCUACCUGGAGCAAGUGAAACGGUUCGUUCACCUGGUGAAGGAACAGGUGCCACAUAAGAAUCGCCUCGAGGGCACAGUUCGGGGCCUCAUUCAGCAGCGAGGUACAGUUCGGUCCCUGGCUGAUACGAAUUCAAAAACUUUGCAAGAAAACCCCGCACCCCCUGCGGCGCGCAAACCAUCGACCCCGCGUACCCGCAAGUUGUACUGCUCUAAAGAAACCAUCGAUCUUGAGGAGAAUACAUACUUUAUUUUAUCUGACGACAGCGGGCAUAAUUGUCGCGCCAUUAUCAGGUCCGCAUCCGACACUGACGAGGCAAUUGUGGCAAUUAAUGAGUCUAGCGUGAAGUGUCAGGCCAGUACCGCACCAAUUAAGACCCAAGCGGUGGCUACGGAAUUGGGUAAUUAUCCUACGUAUGCAGAUGACCACUAUGAACUAUAA